GCUUUGAGAGUAAGAUUGAGAUAAAGGUCAACAUAAUAUUUACUUAUCCUUGAUGAGAGGAUACAUUGAGAAACAGCACUCGAUCAUGUGCAAGGUUAGAGGAGGAAGAUGAUAAAAGGGGUAGAGUAAAAGAAAAGCUUUCAGAAAGUUUUUAGACUCAGUAAAGAACAGCAUGUGUAUCUCAGCGGUGAGUGUGGUGCUGUUACUGUUCAUUUUGUGGAUGCUUGUGGUCCAACUCUGUAGACAGACUGACAGGCAAAGUGACGGAGAUGCCAAAGCAAGCAACAAACCAGAAGCUGCUGUGCCCAAACUCCCGCAUUCCCUCUCUAAGCGCUUCCUUAGUCCUCUUUCUCCUGCUCUUCCUGGUCCAUUCUCUCUCCCUUUGCUGGGCAACAUGCUGGAUCUCGCAAAAGAUCAUCUGCCCAUCCACUUGACUGCACUGGCACAUCGCUAUGGAAAUAUCUAUCGGCUCAACUGUGGCAGCACAACCAUGGUGAUAUUAAACAAUAGUGAGAUCAUCCGCGAGGCUCUGAUUAAAAAAUGGUCUGACUUUGCUGGGAGGCCUCAUUCAUAUACAGCUGAUAUAGUGUCAGGUGGAGGGCGAACCAUUUCUCUGGGUGAUUUCAGUGAGGAAUGGAAGGCUCACAGGCGUGUGGCACAUAGUGCUCUGCAGCGCUGCACAACUGAUUCCCUGCACUCUGUCAUAGAAAAGCAAGCACACCAUCUCUGUCAGGUGUUGCGGGACUACGAAGGAAAAGCAGUGGAUUUAUCUGAAGAUUUUACUGUGGCCGCCAGUAAUGUCAUCACAACACUAACCUUUGACAAAACUUAUGAUAAGUGUUCAGAAGAGCUGCAGAAGCUGCAGGACUGUCUGAAUAAGAUUGUGUCUCUUUGGGGUUCACCGUGGAUCUCAGCGCUGGACUCCUUCCCUCUUCUCAGGAAAUUACCCAACCCCCCAUUCUCUCGUCUCAUGAAGGAGGUAGCCAGACGUGAUGAACUGAUAGGGAAACACAUAGAUGAGUUUAAGAGAAGUGACCAUAAAGACAGCGGCACACUGACUUCUUCACUUCUGCAGUGCCUUAAACCACCACAAGGGGGAGCCAAUCAAAUGACUCUGACAGACACUCAUGUGCACAUGACUACAGUGGAUCUGCUGAUUGGAGGGACAGAAACUACUGCGGCCUUGCUCAACUGGACUGUGGCCUUCCUUUUACACAGGCCUGAGGUUCAGAAUAAAGUGUACGAGGAGCUGUGUGGUGUGCUAGAUGUGCGGUACCCUCAGUACAGCGACCGACACAGACUGCCGUAUCUGUGUGCGCUGAUCAAUGAGAUGUUGAGACUACGACCUGUAGCUCCCCUCGCCGUGCCUCACAGGGCCAUACGAAACAGCAGUAUUGCAGGCUAUUUCAUCCCCCAAAAUACAAUAAUUAUUCCUAAUCUGUAUGGUGCCCACCAUGAUCCAGACAUUUGGAAUGACCCAUACAGCUUCAAACCAGAACGCUUUUUGGAAGGUGGUGGCGGGUCCCUUCGUGCCCUGAUCCCUUUCGGAGGGGGGGCCCGACUGUGUCUGGGAGAGGCAGUUGCCAAAAUGGAAAUGUUUCUCUUCACGGCUUAUCUGCUGCGAGACUUUCAGUUCCUGCCUGCCAGUAAAGAGGAGCCUCUGCCUGACCUGCGAGGCGUUGCCAGUGUGGUUCUUAAAGUCAAGCCAUACACAGUUAUAGCACACCCAAGAGAACAGUAACUGAUUAUGAAUAGAGUGUCGCAGGAAUGAGUUCUAAAACCCAGAAAUGAGUUAGCAAUUUUGAACUUCCAGUUUAAUCAUCCCAAUGUCAAAGUUUUUUUUAAUGGGUUAACAUAAGCUCAAGAUAUUUUCCUUUUUAAUUCCACAAUAUAAAACACUUCAGUAACCCACUCAUGAAUUUUUUAAGCUUCUAUGUGACUUGUAAAACAAGAGACCAAAUGGGACUACAGAGGUUGACAGAUAUUAAACGCCAUCAUGCCGAA